AAAAAAAAAAAAAAAGCUAAAAACCUCGGGGAAAAAAAAAUUCUAAAAAAGAGAUCAGAGCAAUCAACCAAAAUGGCUAUACCAUAUUGCAAGAUUUUGCAACUCUGUUUAGGUCUCUCAUUGAUUUUCCAUAAUUUCAGUCUUGCAAACCCAUUUAUAGUUGAUGAUCAUCGUCAGGGCCAUCAAAACAAUAACAAUCUUUCUACAAAGCUGAUCAGGUUGACUUCUCCACUAUUUGUGUUUGGUGAUUCACUUUUUGAUCCUGGAAAUAAUAACUACAUUGACACCAAUCCCAAUUUCUGGUCAAAUUUUUUGCCGUAUGGAGAAACCCACUUCGAAAUCGCCACCGGCAGAUUCUCCAAUGGCCGGAUCAUUCCUGAUUUCAUAGCUAAAUAUGCAAAUCUGCCAUUGAUCCCGCCGUAUUUCCAAAGUGGUUAUAAGCAGUUCAGUUAUGGUGUCAACUUUGCAUCUGGCGGCGCCGGAGCUCUUGUUGAAACCCACCAAGGGAAGGUAAGUUGUUAUCGUUGGCAAGAUGUCAAAGACCAUUUAUUAUUUCUCCGUCUUGACAUAGAUGCGGUUAGUCGUACCAUUUUAAUUACGUCUAUAAUAUGUUACUUCUCGAUCUUUAAUAUUUCAAGUCACGUGAUCAUUAUUCGUAGCCUACAGGCAAUCAGCUUGAAAGAACAAAUGAUGUAUUUUAAGGACGUUGAGAAACAAUUGAGGAAACGGAUAGGUGAUAGAGAGACACAAGAAUUGCUGUCCAAUGCUGUUUACAUGUUUGACAUUGGGGUUAACGAUUUGUCAGAACCAGAUCCCAUGUACCGCAAUUUUACAUCUCAAGACUACAUUGAUAUCAUUGUUGCCAACUUCACAGAUGUUCUAAAGGAGGUUUACAAGGCCGGGGGCAGAAAAUUUGUGUUACUUAACUUAUUGCCACUAGAUUGUACCCCUUGUGCUAGAGCUCAAAACAAUGCGGAAAAAUUGGCAGAAUUGGUGAAUCAAUUCAACGAGGCACUUUCUAGAGAAUUCAAGAAACUAGAGAAGCAGCUCAAUGGAUUCCUCUACUCUGAAUUCGAUUUCUUCACAGCUGUGAAUGAUCGAAUUCAAAAUCCUUCCAGAUAUGGAUUCAAGGAAGUGAGGAAUGCUUGCUGUGGAAGUGGCAUUUACAGGGGGAAUUACAGUUGUGGAGGCAAAAGAGAUGGAGAAUGUGAUUAUGAGUUGUGUGAUAAUCCCCAAGAUUAUUUCUUCUUUGAUUGUCAUCAUCCGUCUGAGAAGGCUUAUGAACAAAUUGCCGAACUAAUGUGGAAUGGGCCUCCGAGCAUGGUGGGCCAAUAUAAUCUUAAGUCUCUCUUUGAGAUCCAAAGUCGGGAAUUGGCCUUGUGACUUGAUUAACUAAUUACUGAAGAUGGGAAUUUUUCUUUUUUCUUCAAAACUGUGUGUAUCAUUGUAAUUUCUUCCAUCUAUAUUAUAAGGUAUUUUGAUUUCGUUCUAACUUUAACAUAAAAAGAUGUUUUUUUAAUUGGAAAAAAAUAUUAAAAAUACAUUUUCAC